GUGACCCUCUCCAGGCUGAGCCGAAGGACUUACUAGGUCAGAGGGAUCCCUGAAGCGGACAAGCAUGCCGGCAAAACCUGCACCGAUAAAGAAGUCGGCUAAGGCCGCGAAGAAGGAGGAGCCAGCACCGGCACCCGCACCCGCACCGGAGCCCGAGCCCACACCCGCUCCUGAGCCCGCUCCCGCCGAACCAGCACCCGCGGAGCCUGCACCAGCCGAGGCCGCUCCAGCAGAAGCCGCCCCGGCUGAAGGAGCCCCGGCGGAGGCACCGGCUGAAGGAGCGCCCGCUGAAGCAGCAGCACCGGCCGAAGCCCCUCCAGCUGAAGCUCCACCAGCCGAACCCGCGGCUCCUCCUGCAGAGCCCACCAGUGAGCACCUGGAGCUCGGCGUGGAGGACGCAAUGACACCUCUGUCACCAUCUCAUGGAGACCUCCAGCCACCAUCGGCACCUCAGGCCUGGAUGGCUACGUUGUGGAAAUCUGCACGGAAGGAAAGCUUUUAA